UGUACGUGUACGUGCGUGUAUUGACACACGAAGAGGAUUGAAAUGCGCGCGGGCUACCGAGAUGACAGAAAGUGGAGUUUCACAGGGAUCUGAAUCCCUUCAGCUUUACGAAGCGCAGUUCUUCGGCUUCACUCCUGAGACCUGCACUUUACGAAUCUACAAUGCUUUUCGGGACUCCCUCAACCACAUACUGGUCGCUGUUGAGUCCGUGUUCGUUAAAAGGUUGAGUCCAGGACAGGAGCCUUCGGCAGAGCUCCGACUGACGGCUCGAGAGAGCACCCAGAAGCUGCGCCGGUUCCUCCAGGAGCGCUUUGAAGUCAUGUUUCAGCGCAUGAAAGGGAUGCUGAUGGACCGCGUUCUCAACAUUCCUCCCAAUGUCCUACUUCCCGAUGACCAGCUUCACCAGAAAUAUCCUGAAGGCAAAGAAGACCUCAUGAAGCUGCAGGGCUCCAUCGCAAAACUGCAGCAGGCUUAUGAAGCAGACGUUUGCGCCAAGCAAGCGCUUCUCGCUGAGCUUGAGGAGCAGAAGGAGACGCAAAAACAACUGGAUGAGGUCCUGAGAUGGAUAGAGGAGCUGCGUGUCUCGUGGAGACGGGAGGGCAUGGGAAAUGUCCAAGACAGCAUCCGGUACAUGAUGGAGACUGUGGGCCAACUCCAGGAUGUUAUGGGAAAGAUAAGCAAGCAGAGUAAGGAACUGGAUAAAGUUUGAUGGUUUACACAAUGCUUGAUGCUUUCAAGGAACAAUCAUACACAUAAGUUUCUGGUUAGAAGUAAGAUGUAUUGACAUGAUCUAUCCACCAGGGGGAGGUGGUGUGCAAGUGAAUUAUGCGAAGACUAGCACAAUUGCAUUAUCAUACAGAUGGCGUUGUCAGUCCAGGUUCAAAGCAAUACAUUUGUAAUCAGGGGAUUUUCCUUUGUUGUUUAAUAUGAGGUCCAUCUCUCCCAUUUUCAGUCACUGGGUUUUCCCAUUUACGAUUUGAUUCCUUUGAUGUUCAAUACAGUCAGGUCUGCAUUAGAUUAUACCAAAUUUAACAGGCCCAAACUUAUGUCUUUUCAGCCUGACUGUCUUUACACCUAAACAUCAAGUUUUGGAAAAGUCUUGAUGAGUUUAGAGGAUAAAAGUGUCAAGUUCACAUUGAAAUGUACAGUGCCCAAUCGCUCCCCUGAAGUGGAGGGUCUAAAAUUUUUGUCUUUUAAAUACGCUAUUUAAAGAUUUUAAGAGUCAGCUCAAAAGUAGAAAUUUAAGGAUUUUAGAUCUUGUUUUGACCAUAACUGUAAAUAACAAUAAAACGAUUUUGUGUUUUUA